CUCCCUCUCUCUCCCCCCCCCUCUCUCUCUCUCUCUCUCUCCGCCGCCCACUCCACUCACAGCCGCUUUUCCGGCUUCUUCGCAUCACCACAUCGCCCGUUCCCCAUUUUUGCGUGUGCAUUUUUUUUUUAAAGAGAAAUAUUACCGCGUAUUUUUGGACCAACAAAAAGAGAAGCGUAUCACCAUGGCGAGCACCGAGGAUAAAGCGGCCAAACAGGAGAGCGCGACCGGCUGGAAGGACUCCUUCUACAACCCGAGGACCGGGGAGGUUCUGGGUCGCACGGGCAGCAGCUGGGCCCUCAUCCUGUUGUUCUACCUGGUUUUCUACUGUUUCUUGGCCGGCAUGUUCGCCCUGACCAUGUGGGUGCUGCUGCUCACGCUGGAUGACUACGUGCCAAAAUAUCGAGACCGCGUUCCCUACCCAGGGUUGGUGAUUCGUCCAAAUUCUCUGGAUUUAUCGUUCAACAAAUCUGACCCCUUAAAGUAUGUACAAUAUGUCAAGCACCUGGAGUCUUUCCUGCAAAGAUAUAAUGAUUCACAGCAGGACAAGAAUGACGACUGCCCACCAGGAGAGUAUUUUCUGCAGGACGACACAGAGGACAUGUCAAAGAAAGCCUGUCUCUUCAAGAGGGGCUUCCUGAGUCUCUGCUCUGGGCUCUCUGACACCAACUUUGGAUAUUCUGAAGGAAAACCCUGCGUGUUGCUGAAGAUGAACAGGAUAAUUGGCCUGAAGCCUCGUGGGGAUCCCUACAUCAACUGCACAGUAAAAAGAGACACCCCGAUUCAAAUGCAGUAUUUCCCCAGUGAGGGACGCAUUGACAAGAAGUAUUUCCCCUACUACGGCAAGAAGGCCCACGAGAGCUACGUUCAGCCCCUGGUGGCCGUGGAGCUGCUGCUCACCAAGGACGACUACAACAAGGAGCUGCCGGUGGAGUGCAGGGUGGAGGGCUCGGACCUCCGCAACAACGACGAAAGGGAUAAGUUCCUGGGUCGUGUUACUUUCAGGGUCACGGUGGUCGAGUAACAGAGACGGGCCGCCCCGUAGGAUGGAAACCAGUCGCAGAGCCCGCCAUGUUUACGGAGGCUUUGUGUUUAAAGGGAAAGGAAAGAAGUGUCAGAAUGUGUCACAAAGACGGCAUUUGGCCUGAGAGGCGGGAUGCAGGCAGGACAGCCUUGAUGCACAUAUUGAAUUCUGCUUUGCUGACUUCUCUGAACCUUCUUUCCUUUACAAUCUCCUCCUCAAAGAUCAAAGUCACAGGGCUCUGGCCCUCAACCCCCUCCAUUCUUUCACUCACCCGUUGCAAUGUUCAUUCUCCACUCAGUUUAUUCUUGACAUUAUUAUUAUUAUUUGUAGUAUUGAUGUGAUUAGAUAACGUUUAGCCAUUGCAACCAAGCAAUUUGGAGGUGUUGUGUUGUUGCAGAUAUCAUUUUUUUAAAUGAUUUAUAGAUCUUUCUGCUGUCAGGAAGAGAGUGUUGUUUUCAUCUCUCCAAACUGUGUGAACGGCUGUAUUAUUGCUGGUGAAGAUUUUUAUCUUGCUGUAUAGCGUAAUUGAGAAAGUAGAACAUUUCCAAACACGUCGAGUAUUUCACCUUUCACAUCACAAAGACUUCAGAGGAACGUACCUUGAUAAUCAAGUGUAGCCACUAUAUCCCUGUAUAUGAAAUGCCAAUUACAAAGGACCUUUCUAUAUAUAAAUACAUUGUGAUCCAUAUUUAGAGAAUUAUAGACACAUCUUUGUGUUGUGGUCUGCGUAGCUGUCUGUCUGCAUGUCCGUCUGUCUGUCCUCCCGUCUGCCCGUUUUCUCACCUCUUCACUGCAAUAGCCAGUAUGUGAUUGAGCCCUCCGGGACUUGAUAAGUGGUCCUGCUCCACCUCGCAGGGUGCUGCUCAGUGAUGGUGGCCGAGGCAACACGCACACAUACACAAGAAGGUACAGUUUAAAAAAAAAAGAAAAGAACGCUUUCAAGGAAAAGUGUUGCAAAAAUAAAAGUUCACUGUAACAAUCUACUGUAUAUCUUACUGUAAUCUGUAUAUCUAUCUGGGUCUCAAAGAUUGUUUGUUAGUUUUCUCUAUUCUUCGCCUGUUGAUCUGAUUGUCUGCCAAUCUAUUACUCUUCAAUGUAUAUAUACACUAUCAUAUUUACUUAAUUCACACUGUAUUUUUGUCACAAAACACAAUGUCUGUGCACUGUAAAGAAAUAAUUUAAGCAAAGAUUUACAGGAAAUUAUCUUAUUCAAAGCUAUGUUUACACAGUCUUAAAAGGAGCCCGCAUUUGAAAGAACAACUUCUAACAUCUCUUCAGGGUGCCUUAAGACCUGAUAAAAUAAAUUGUGGAAUAAAAGUGAUUUUGAAGAAAAAAAA